AUGGCGAGCAGUGAGUCCAGAGUAGGAGAGGAGGAAGAGUACCUCUACGACGUGACGCAACAUGGACCGUUUGUCCGAGAACUGCUUCCCGAACUCGCUACCAAGGCUUUCCCCUUCCGCCAUGACGAUGACGAUGGCGAUGGUGAUGGUGAUGGUGAUGGUGAUGGCGACUCAGAUUCAAUUCUGGGAUCCGGCAAUGUGACUUUGGCUGGCAAAGUCAUUCGCCGUCCGUCUGCUGUUGCGCAUGACUCGCUUCCGCUGCUCGGCCUCACAUCGGCCGAGCAUGUGCUGAUCUUCUCAGCCGAACACACUGCAGCACCGCCGGCUCCGUUUGCGCUCUACACUCCGGGCGGCUCGCUGCUGGAGGCUUCGAUUGCUUGGCUUCCGGAGACUCCUGUCCUUGUUCUUGUUGUGCCGGAUCGGAGCGAGCCGCAAUCAAGGCUGGUUGUGCUGCGGUAUGUGCCGCCGGCAGGCUCAGCCACCGCCGAUCUGAUCGUAGUCGCCGACGUCAGCGUUCCGUUCAGCGUGGCCGAGGCUGUGGUGGUGUGGGCGGCGGCGGCGGAUGGGAGUGCUCGCGCAGGUGUAACGCGCAUCGAGCUGGCGCUGCGGACCGGCAACGGCAGAAUUGUUGUCGCCGGCGUCCGGGCCGCUGAAGGCGAGCUCGCCGAGCACAAUGUGACAGAGGUCGAUAUUCUCGGCCAAGUCGCGGAUCUCGACCAGCAUCACACACUGGUGCGGGCGCUGGCGUGGGAUGCAUCCCGAAAGACGCUGGUUGUGGGCGGAGCGCGGCGGCGGGCGGGCGCGGCGCUAGAGUGGGCGCCGUCGCUCUCGCUCCACACCUUCCAGGGACCGGGAACGGGCAGUUUCGAGUUGGCGGCAGCGUCGACGUCGAUGGCCGAGCCCGUACCGCGGUCGUGGCUGCCAUGGGCCGCUGAUGGCGUGUCGCGUGCGGCCCUGGCGUGCGGCCUCGUCGGGCUCCAGCUCGCGCCACCACAGCGUGGCGAAGGCGGUGCGUCCUCGUGCUACCUGGCGAGCCACACUGGCGACGGCGGAGUGGCGCUGUAUGAUCUGGCGAGCGAGGCGCCGACUACGGUGACGGCACUCUUCUCACCGACACAGUUUGCCGAGCUUACCGGCGAGUCGAGCCGUGUUGUGAGUCUCGCAUGGUUUUCGGACGAGGUACUCGCGGCCGGUUUUGUGUCGGGCGCGGUGGCGCUUGUGCGGCAGCCGUGGGCAGAGACGCCGGUGGGCGAGGAGGUGGCGUUCAAGGCGUAUGGGGCAGCGCCGGUGCUUGUUUCGUCGCCGCUUACGGCUACGACGUGGAUUUAUGGCUCGCGGACGAGUACCAUUGCGGUGCCUGCAGCCUGGGGCGAGCCGCUGCUGGCGUUGAGCAAUUUUGACGCCACGCCGUUGUCGUCGCCGACCGGAACGGUUGCCGGCGGGCGGCACUCGCGGGCGGCUUUUGGAGGCGACGACGCCGACGACGAGUGCAGCGAUGACGACGGAAGCGAGGCUAGCGAGGUGGCCGAGACCGGUGAGCAGCUGUCGUGGUGUUCGGCGAUGACGCGGACGCUGCUGAUGCGGCUGACCGGCAACGAGGUCCAAUGGGCGCACCCGGCGUGGCUCCAGGUGGACGUGCCAGCACGGACGAGCGGGCUGGCGUCGCUGGUGCAAACGACGCCGCUACAGCUGUGUCGGCGGCGAAUUGCUGCGGGUGACUAUGGCGCGGCGCUCGAGGUGGCACUAGCACGCGGGCUCUCGACCGACCCUGUGUAUCAGGCGCAGUGGCACGCGACGCGAGGCAGCUUUGACGCCGACGCCCUGCACGCCAUGCUUGAUCCUGUGGUCGACAAAGAGUGGGUGCUGGCGCAAGUGGUCGAGUACGUGCCGGACGAUGUGCACCAGGCGCGAGCUCUGUAUAGAUACGGCGCGGAGCUGCUCGCGGAGCUCGAGCCGGCGCUGCCUGGCACUGGGGCAUCGGUGGAGGGUGUGCGAUGUGCGCUGCGGCUGGCGCAGUACGCAGACCGACUGGAGGCGUUUGUGCGGAUUCACGGUGCCGGCUUUGAUCCAAUGGCCUUUUUGCAGUUCCGCGAUGCCAACCUCGCUGAGGUGGCGCUGGACGCAGCGCGCAGUGGCGCGGUAACUGCGCUGGAGGUGCUGUUUACCUUUUUCCCCACCGAGACGCUGCCGUCGUACCUGGCGAUUAUUGCCGAGCUCCCGCUGACUGAGCCUCCGGAGACGUUUUCGCUCCUUCUCCCGUGCAUCAGCGGCAGCGACGAUGACAAGCUGUAUGUCGUGGCGUGGUACGCGCCGCCUCAGCGGACAAGCGCUGCGACUGGGCUGGUGCCGAGCCCCGAGGUGCUGAAGGCCGAGUACGCCCAUACCCUGGCCAGUACCGAUACCGGAUGGCUACCAGCGGUCUGGCCGCCUGCAACAAGCGAAGCCGAGCUUGCAGCGCGGAGCAGGCCGCCGUCGGUCGACGAGGUCAUCAACUGGUGGUGCCAACGGGCGCUGGCUGUCGAGGCCGAAACAGGACUUGUCGACGUGGCCGAGGCGUGGAUCUCGCUGGCGAUGGUGCCGCCGCACAACACGCCAGGUCUGGAGCUUGUGGCGACCGAGCUUGACACGCUCUCGAUCCUUGUGUACGAUCUUCAGGCGCCUCCGCCACCGCGCACGGGUAUGUGGAGUAUCGCCGCGCUGCGGAGCCUGUCUGCACCUGAAGUGUUUGACGCAAUUCUUAGCCCAUCGCUCGUGUUUGAUGGCGGAGACGGGCCGGCGGUGUCGCUAGAGGCAGCGCUGGCACGGUGGGUGGUGCCGCUGCUGGGAGUGUGGCCGAGUCACUACGAGGCGUCGCUCAGUGCCGAGCUCCCGCGAUGGCUGGCGAGCGGGCUUGCUGGUGCAGUGGAGAAUCUCGGCGAGGCGGAGAUGAGCUCCGAGCAGCUUGGGGAGUGCGUGUGUCAGGUGUUGGCACAAGUGCACGCCGUCGUGGCAUCACCAGCGUACCUGGCGAGCUGGGACGAUCGGGCCGCGGUCCUGCUGGGCGUGGCAUACGUGGAGGUGCCUCAGUCUGCGGCGGCGAUCCACGAUGCGCGGCUGAGCGAGGCGGCGGCGGCACUGGGCGCAGCACCUCGCGGCGAGGAGACGCUGCUUGGAGGCGAUGUUGCGAGACUCGUCGAACAGCUUGAAGCACUGGCGUUGCUGCGCGGACUUGAUGUCGUGCUCUCGCCGUCUGCAUUUGGGCGGACAGCCCGCGACGGGGCCGACGGUAAGGCGGUGGCGAAAAAGGCAGUGGCGAGUGCGGUGCGACGAAGCGGCGGACGGAGCCGUGAGCAGCUCGCUGCGGUAGAGACUGUGGCGGAUGUGUGCGGGGUGCUGUUUGGAGAUCUCCUGGGUCGGGAGGAGGUGUACCGGCUGGCGGUGGCGACGCUUCUCGGAGAGGCACAGUUUGACAGCGUGUCUGCGCUGGCGAGCAAGAUUCCGGGACAUGUUCUGGAGGGCCUCGUGCUCGAAGUGGCGCGCGAGUGGUUCAACUCGGCGGCAGCUCUGGACGAUGUGGCGGUGCAGCAUGCGCGACGGGCGCUGCAGCUCCUCCCAGGGCCGAGCGGCGAUGCGCGUCAGGCGGGCUGCUCUGCGGUGGAAGCUGAGCUGAAGCUGAUCGAGGCUGUAGAGCUUGUGGACUCGUAUGGUGUGCCGGUAGUGCCGCUGCAAGUGCGACUUGCACAGCCGGUUGAGCUCAUUGGGCAGGUGCUGGCGUCCAAGCCGACGGCGCAUCGCGACCCAACGGCGGUGCUGCGGCUGGCAAAGCGGCUGGGGCUCGACGACAACGAAGACCAGGCACGGGUUAAGGUUGUGAUUGGCCAGUCAGCGCACGCACAGGGCUCGUACGGGGUGGCUCUUCGACUUGCGCGCGAGCUGCGCGACGGCGGUCACGAACGCGAGUUUAUCGAGCUGGCGCUCCCCUUGAUCUGCGAUGGCGAGUGGACUCUGUAUCGCGAGCGGCUAGAGCUUGGUCGGGCAGCGCUGGCCGGAGCCGACGGCAAUUCGCUGGUGGGGCUUCUGGAGACGAUUGGGAGCCUGGAGGUCCAGGCUGCGGUGGUGGAGGCGUUGGGUGAGAAAGCUGCGGGACGUGAGCGAGAGAUCGGCGGCGAGGCAAGCGGGCUCUCGCUGAAGCGAUUGUCGAGUUCUGCGGCACACGCGGCGUCGUUUCUGCGAUCGCGGGUUGUUGCGAGCAGCAGCGAGGAAGCUGGCAGCGGCGAGCCGGCUGUGGUCGUGCCUGACGGCGUGGCAGAUGCUGUGCAGUCGUUGUGGCGAGCGCUCGACCGGCCGCAGUGGCACGGCGCACUGGAGCGACGGCUCAAGUCGUGGAUGGGCGAGCUGCCGCACCAGCCGUGGGUGUACGCAUUGUACGAGGGCUUUGCGCGGCGGCCACAGACGCCGCUUCUGGCGUAUGGUGGCGGGCCUGGCCAGGGAGUUGUGCCGCGGCUGAUGGAGAUGUACCUGCAUGCGGCGGCACUGUGUGGCGGUGAGGCGUUUGAACAGGCUGUUGUCCGUGCCGCGCCUGCACUGGCAUGCUCUGACGUGGUGCUUCUGACGGCGAUGCUGGCGUGCGUGCCGCGUGCUGUUCAGGAUGCUGCGGUGGCCGGCGUUGUGGAGCUGGCCACGGCUGCUGACGCACCUGCAGGAUCGCUUGCAGUGCUGCGGGGCUACCUGACGGCAGCGAGCGUGUGUGGUCUGGGGCGCAAGGCACUGCAGAGCUCAGUGGAUGAGGUGAUUUCGGCACUGGCGGCGACGACCGAGACCGCUGCGCUGGGACGCGAGCUUGAAGAGGCCUGCACAGCCGAUAAGCUGAGAAGGGUACUCGAGGCUCAUGGGGUGAGAGCCACAGCUGGUAGUAUGCGCGAGGCACUGCUUGCGCUCGCCCGUGACGACGACAGCGUGGUGGCGGCACUGGAGCUUGCGGCAGAGCAUGGCGUAGCUGAUGUGGCCGGCUUUGCGCACGAUGUGCUGGCGGCGCGGCUUGCUGAGUGUCUAGCGCUGGCUCGGGGAGGUCGCGUGGAGGAACUCCGGGCACGGGCCGCCGCAUGCGUUGAGGCUUACCGUGGCGCGCUGGCGCAAGUAGCCGAGCGAGGAGCUGUUCUCGACGCUGUGGUGUCGUGCGGUGAGGCGAGCGCAGCUGCGCGAGGAGAGGAGGGCGCUGUGCUGUGCCCGAUGUGGCUGCUGCUGUUUGUGCUUGGAAUCGAGGCUGCCGGCGAGGAUGCUGCUACGUAUGGCGGGCGGCUCCUCGGGAUUGCGGCCAGCCAAUGGGCGGAUCACGUGGAGGGUCUGAGACUGCUUGCACUCGAGAUGCCACGGGCCGACUACGGGCUGCUUGUUGAGGCGGAGUCUGGCGAAGGCGCAGUGGCUUCGGUGCUUCUUCGGUGGCUCAAUGUGCGGAAUGUGGGCGCGAUUGCUCGCGGCGGGCCGAGUCUUGUUGUGGGCGCGCUGGGACGCGGAGCGGUGAGCCGAUCGCUUGUGGUGUUUGCGGCGCUCGACCGCGUGCUGUGUGGCAGCAACGGGGCGGCGAUGGCGCAGCACGUGGGCGCGCUCGGGCGAGCUGUACCGCUGGAGUGGGUGUCAGACGAGCACGCUGGACUUGUGGCGCAGGGAGUGGCGCGAGGGGCGCCGUACAUGGGCAGAGCAAGCCGCGAAGAGCGGGUCCGGGUGCUGCAUGCGCUGGGCGCCGGGCUGGGUAACGAGCGCGGCUUUGUUGCACGAGAGCUGGCGCUCCAUGUACAGACAAUUUUGCGGAUCGAGCGAGCCGCGAGUUUGCAGUGCGUGCGAGCGCACCUGAGCGCGCUAGACGCCAGUGCCGGGAGCAGCGAGGCGCUCUACGCGGCACUGAUGACAAUGAUUGUGGGCGGAGUGGCGUAUGGAGCUGUGAUGCGGGUGGCAGCAGCGUUUGGGCUCGGUAUGGAGGCCGGCAUGCUGUUUGCGAGUGCGUUCAAGUCUGGAAUCCGAAGCACAGCGGUGGAUGUGAGCGAGUUGCUGCUCGCGCUUGCAACUGUUGCUGACGACGCACCGCGUAAUGUGCUCGCCGGUGUUGUGGAGGCCGCGCGCGAGUGCGUGAGUGACGCCGAGGUUUCCGAUGAGCGGCGAGCUGUGGCGGCAAGCAUUGUGGCGGAGCUUGAGCAGGCAGUGGCUGAGGCCGAUGCUGCAGCGUGGGAUGGCGGGGCAUGGGAGAGCGCAAGUGUCGAUAGCGAGUGGAGCGGUGGCGAUGUCGACGAAAGUGUGGUGUUUGGGCUCGACGACUGGGGCGGCGGCUCUGCGUCCGACGGCAGCGACGCAUGGGCGAGUGGCGAGGACGGCGAAGGUGAUGCCUUUGUCUCUGUUCCGACGUCCCCCGCCGGGUUGGCGGGUGGAGGUGGCUGGGACCUGGGGUCUGUGUCGGGUGAUGGCGACGGCUGGGACAUGGGAUCUGAUGAUGGAUGUGUUGUUGAGGCUGCACCCCAGUUUGUCGCAGCAGCGCCUGUUGUCGACGUCGCGUCUGAUGAUGGCGAGGGCUGGGACUUGGGGUCUGAUGGUGGGUUUGUCGUCGAGACCGAGGCCGCACCCGAGGCCACACCCGAGGCUGCAGCCGUGUUUGCCGCAGCAGCGCAUGUUGUCGACGUCGCGUCUGAUGAUGGCGAGGGCUGGGACGUGGGGUCUGAUGAUGACUUUGUCGUCGAGGCCGCACCCGAGACUGAAGCCGUGUUUGUGGCAGCUGCGCCUGUCGUCGACGUCGCGUCUGAUGAUGGCGAGGGCUGGGACGUGGGGUCUGAUGAUGACUUUGUCGUCGAGGUGGAGGCGGCACCCGAGCUUGUCACGCCUGAGGCUGCAUCCGAGGCCGCACCCGAGGCCGCACCCAAGUUUAUCACGCCUGCGCCUGUCGUCGACGUCGCGUCUGAUGAUGGCGAGGGCUGGGACAUGGGGUCUGACGACGACUUUGUCGUCGAGGCCGCACCCGAGACUGAAGCCGUGUUUGUGGCAGCUGCGCCUGUCGUCGACGUCGCGUCUGAUGAUGGCGACGGGUGGGACGUGGGGUCGGAUGACGACUUUGUCGUCGAGGCCGAAGCCACACCCGAGGCCGCACCCGAGGCCGCACCCGAGGCUGCACCCGAGUUCAUCACGCCUGCGCCUGUCGUCGACGUCGCGUCUGAUGAUGGCGAGGGCUGGGACGUGGGGUCUGACGACGACUUUGUCGUCGAGGUCGCACCCGAGUCUGCACUCUCACCCUCGCCCUCACUCACCACAGCAGCACCACCAACUGCCGCCCACCCUACCCAGGGCGCAGCCAUUCCACAGCCCCUGCCUCCGCACGCACUGGAGCUACAGCUGGCCCGUAUCCAAGAGUUACGCUCCGCCGGUGUGCCUGACACCACCGUAACUGCGCUGGUACAUGGCGCAGCGGCAACGUCCGAAGACCCGGCGUCGCUCUGGCGCCUCACGGUCAUGAUGCUGCCAGAUGCUGCUGUUGUGGACGCCUUUGCCCGCUUUGACUCACUUCGCGACGCGCUCGAUCAUGACGAGACUUCAUUCUUGGUCACUACCCGCCUCGACGUGCCCGAGCCGGCCGUCCAGCGCGCCGCUCUCUGCGUGGCUCUGCUUUCGGAAGACCACCGCGUCCGGACGGUGGCGCUGGACUGGUUGAGCACGGCAGAGCUGGUGCCCGACGACGCACUCAUUGCACUGCUGCUGCGGACGUCCCAAGUGCCUCGGCUGGCGGUGACCAACGCACCGAUCUUGCGCGCGGUCCUCAACCGACUGGGUUCUCCGCCACCGCAUCCCGACCCAUGGGCUGCUGCCACCUCGUUGCACCUCCUCCCGGCCGCGAUGGCCUGGUCGCUACCGUAUGUUGCGGCGUCGCUGGUCGCCAACUCGUUGCCAGAUCCAGCCGCCGAGCUGCUCGGGGUGCCACCAAGCAGUCUGCGGGCCCGCCUACAGGCCGAACUCGUCGCCUGCGAUCCGUACGACCCCCUGUUUAUCGGCCUGGGCGACGUCCUCGAAGGUGCACUAACGUGUCUCCCCUGA